AUGAGUGAAUCAGUGAGUAUCCAGAUACGGGAGAUACCAUCUGGAGAUGAUGUACCAGCACUCGUGGUCGCCUUCCUUGACGACGACGCAGCCUUGGCGACUUUCAGUCAGUUCGAGGCUGACCAAAUCGAUCGACAUUUACCCAAGGCGAAGACUAGGCUCAUUCUCUCUCUGUCACAGUCCAAGGGACCGAGUGAGUUGAAAGCCAAUCUCGUGUUGAAAGGCAUAGACUGGCAGGAUGAAUGUGCUGACUUGCCAGCCACGGCAAUCGAGGCUAUUCUGGCGGCCAUGUUACAGCAGAUUCCCGGGGUGGGUGCUGAUAUGGCAGCAGCAAUAGCGAGCAGAUACCCCACUUUACCGAGCUUGCUAGAGGCAUUGAGCAACGGGGCGAGCCAGGUCGAGAACACCAUUGCUAUGCUUGAGCUAAAGGUUCGAUCCAAGCAAGGCGUUCGAAAGAUCGGGCCCGCCGUCGCCUCCCGCAUAAGUCGUGUUUUCGAUAUCAUCGAACAUGAGAAGGAGCGUCAACGUACCAAUGUUUGCCUGAUAGCAUCAGAGAACUUCACCAGCCAGGCGGUUCUUGAUGCAAUCGGAUCUGUCAUGACAAAUAAAUAUUCGGAGGGUUAUCCUGGGGCUAGAUACUAUGGGGGCAACGAGUUUAUCGACCAGAUGGAGACUCUAUGCAUGGACCGUGCUUUGGAGACCUUUCGUCUUGACCCCAUAAAAUGGGGUGUCAACGUACAGACUUUGAGCGGUUCACCCGCCAAUCUGGCGUUGUACACCGCCUUGCUGGAUGUCCAUGAUCGCAUUAUGGCGUUGGACUUACCUCAUGGUGGCCAUCUCAGUCACGGCUAUCAGACUGAUACGAAGAAGGUUUCAAUGAUAUCCAAAUUUUAUACAUCCAUGCCAUACCGUCUGAAUGAGAAGACUGGUCUCAUCGACUACGACGAAUUGGAAAAAUUUGCACAGCGUUUUAGGCCUAAGCUUCUUAUCUGUGGCUAUUCCGCGUACCCUCGUCAUUUCGACUUUGCCCGUCUCAGAGCUAUCGCGGACUCAGUCGGCGCGAUACUGCAUUGUGAUAUGGCACAUGUGGCAGGUUUGGUGGCAGCUGGGGUCCACCCAUCUCCUUUUGAACUGUGCGAUGUUGUUACUACUACUAGCCAUAAGACCCUCAGAGGACCGCGUGGGGCGAUGAUUUUCUACCGUAGGAUGAGCUCAUGUGUUGAUAAGAAUGGCAACCCUAUUAUGUAUGACUAUAAGGAAAAAAUCAACGCUACGGUGUUCCCGGGGUUGCAAGGCGGACCCCAUAACCAUAUCAUUGCCGGACUGGCUGUGGCAUUGAAACAGGCUCAAACUGAGGAAUACAGGCACUACCAGGAACAGGUAGUGAAGAACUCGAAAGCCUUGGCGGAAGAACUGAUGAAAUUAGGAUACGAUCUAGUCUCGGGAGGCACGGACAACCAUCUAGUUCUUCUGGACUUGCGCAGUAAGGGCAUCAACGGUAACAAGACCGAGAAGCUAUGCGACCAUGUUGCGAUUUCUCUCAAUAAGAAUACAGUUCCCGGGGAUAAAUCGGCUAUCACUCCCUCGGGACUGAGGAUCGGGGCUCCCGCCAUGACCACUCGCGGUGCUAAUGAAGACGACUUCCGCAAGAUUGCCCAAUUCAUCCACCGUGUCGUGGAAAUAGGUUUGCAGGUCCAGAAACAGUCCGGACCGAAGCUCAAGGACUUUCUAGCUAUUUUGGAUAACUCUCCUCCGCCUGAGCUCGCUCAGCUGCGCGACGAGGUCAUGACUUUCAGCCGUGGAUUCGUCCCGAUCGGUCAAUGA